UCACUACUGACCAGCCCCGCCAAGCCGCCAAGAAGCAACAGGCUGGAACUGGAAGCCUCUCCACAGCUCUCAAGAAAGCUCUAGUCCAGGCUCCGGCCGGCGUCGAUGGCGCCCAGCAAGCUCGCGGUGGCCGUCGCCUUGGUGGCGACUCUCCUCCUGCUCAGCAACAGCAACAGCAAGGCUGCUCCGGGCGGCGGCUACCCGCCGGCGCCUCCCGUCGGGCCUCCGCCGCACCAGAUCGUCGACCCCGCCAAAGACUGCGGGGGCGCCUGCGACGUGCGGUGCGGCGCGCAAUCGCACAAGAACCGGUGCGCCCGGGCGUGCCUCAAGUGCUGCAGCGUCUGCCGCUGCGUGCCGGCGGGCACGGCCGGCAACCAGGAGACCUGCGGCAAGUGCUACACGGACUGGACCACGCACGGCAACAGGACCAACAAGUGCCCGUGAGAGGCGGCGCACGGCCGGCGGCUGGGGGAUGGCCGGCCGGUGCGGCGUGUUCGGUGUUCCCCGGCCGAGAGCAGCCAGAGAGAGGUUGCCGCCGGCGCACUGCUGGCAAUCUGGCACCGUGUUUUGUACUGUUUAGAUGUAGUCCGUGUGUUCCGUUGUUUCUUUGUUGGGUUCUUUCUGAUGUUGAUGGGUUGUCUGGUUGUGACUCUGCGUUCCUGUGUAAAAAAGAAAACAGAGUGCGAGGCGUUUCUCUAGCUGUAAAAUCCAUCUGGGUUGGUUCCAUGCACCAUUUUUAUAUUUUGUGUGG